UCCAUCUGACAGCAGAUCUCUGGUUAAACCAUCCCUGUCCCUGUAACCUGGCAGGCCUUGGGGAGGACAGAGCUAACCCCUGUGUUUUCCUCCCAGGCUGACAGUGAAGGAGAGCCUGGCCCACUCCACUUGUCCCAGUGAUCAUGGAUCUGAAGGAGGACAGUGAUGCCAAAGCGUGGCUGCAGUUGAAGCCUGUGGCGCCCCUGCCCUCCCAGUGCUGCGGCAGUGGCUGUUCACCCUGUGUGUUUGACCUCUAUUACCGAGACCUGGAGCGAUGGGAGACAGCCCAAGCCAGAAACGACAGGAGCCUGCUGAGUGGGAAGCAGCCACCUGAGACCCGGGGCUGUUCUACCAAGCUGAGUCCAGAGACCUUCCUGGCCUUCCACAUCAGCACCUUGGAGAAGGUCACCAAGGACACCUAUCUUGUCCGGUUUACACUAGCUGGACACAGUCAGCUCGGCCUGCAUCCUGGGCAGCACCUCGUCCUACGAGGUACAGUAGACGGCUUAGAAAUUCAGAGAGCCUACACUCCCAUCAGCCCUGUCAGUGCGGAAGGCUACUUUGAGGUUUUGAUCAAGUGCUAUCGGAUGGGGCUGAUGUCCCGGUACGUGGAGUCCUGGAGACCAGGAGACACAGCUUUCUGGCGAGGGCCUUUCGGAAGCUUCUUAUAUGAACCAAACAAGUAUGGUGAACUCCUCAUGCUGGCAGCCGGCACAGGCCUGGCCCCUAUGGUGCCUAUCCUGCAGAGCAUCACAGACAACGCAGAUGAUGAGACCUUCGUCACCUUGGUGGGCUGCUUCAAGACCUUCGAGGGCAUCUACCUGAAGACCUUCCUCCAGGAACAGGCCAGGUUCUGGAACGUGCGAACCUUCUUUGUCCUCAGUCAGGUGAGUCCCAGUGCCUUAGUAAGGUCCCUGCCACCUCCACCUCUUGUCCUUCAUUCUGCACUGGCUCCCACUGGCCUCAGGCCUUCCCAAGCUCAGUGGCCUGUUGACCUUGCCAGCUCCAUCUCCUGUCCUGUCCUAACUGCCAGGAGUCGUCAUUGCUCUUCUUAUCUUCCCAGGAGGCCUCCCCAGAGCAGCUUCCCUGGAGCUACCGUGACAAGACCCGCUUUGGCCGCCUGGGCCAGGAGCUGGUCGAUGAGCUGGUGGCCUGCUGCCGACGGAAGCCAUUUACAUUAGUCUGUGGCUCAGCUGCAUUUACCGAGGACAUGGCGAGGUGCUUGCUGUCUGCUGGCCUGACUGAGGACUCCUACUUCCUCUUCUAGCCCCAGCCAUAGACCUUACAGCAGGGGCACAGGAGGGAGCCCAGCCCCACUGCUGACUUGCCCAGAGACCUUGGGCAAAUGUCAUCACCUUGGGAACUCCUUCCUGUCUGCCACAUCCUGGUGUAUGGAGGGAGAGCAGCAGCUAGCCCGGGGAGCCAGGGAAGAGGACUCCAAGGGAGUCAAGCAAAUGGAGUCCUGCUGAGCUCAGGCUGCCUGGGGGCUGGACGGGACAAGGGAUGAGGAGCCUCUCAUCCUUCGAGGGCCCAGGAAGAGCUUAGAGCUCUUCAGAGGACCUUGACUUCUGAGCCUCCUGUGGAGGUAAACCUGACUUCUAAGGGCUUUGGGUCUAUGACCUGACCAUAGAGCAGGGCACUGCCCAGGCUCAUCUCUGUCUACGCCAUGUCUACCCUGCCACAGUCAGCCUCACUCUCAGUCUGUCUUUUCUGGCUCAGGAGGCCAGCUCAGAGUUCUUUCCCACAAAAGAAGAGGAACAGAGGCAAAUGCCCCUCCCUCCUGCAGGCAGCCACAUAGCCGGUGCCUUCAGCUCGGUGCCCUGGCGACGGUUGCUAUGGAGAUCUAAAGAUAGAGCAGGAGUCAGGAGACCUGGGUCCCUCUCCCAGAUCUGCCCACUGAGUGGCUGCUGAUCCAGGUCCACCCAGCCCCCACCUCCGCCUCCUCCAUCCUGCACGGGGCAUGCCCUCUCCAGGGAACUCGCUGCCCCGGGCAUCACGUUGACUUAAUGAAUUCUGCUUUCUGCAGCCUGGGCCCCAGUGUGCUGUGCCAGCACAGGCUGGAUACAGGCAACCCCAGACUUCUAACGCUCAGCAAUGGAUGCUUGGCAGUGGAAUGUUAGAAGCCGAGAGGCAGAAGCCUGAGGAUUAGACAUUUCUAACUGUGGUGUUGCGAUGUUCCCAGCAGAGCAGAGCUCAGAUGCCAGAAAGCCCUGUCCAGCAGAUUCAUUGUACAAACAGGGAAAUCAAGGCCCCAUAGCAGCUCACUCAAGGUGAAUGGCAGAGGCCGCCAUAGAAGUCUACCAUCUCACCCCUGCUCAUGGAGUGCAUGCUUUUCAAACUGGGCUUCACGGGAUGCUGGGAAGCUUGCCUGCGUGGCAGCGCUAAAGGGUGGCUGCAGGAAUCCCAGGUCCCUUCAAUCACAGCAGGUCUGCUUUCACCUCAUCCUCAUACUGGGGCCUGGAGGAAUUUUUCAGAAAAGACUUUUCUAUCCCACCCUGAAAAAUUCCCAAGAAAUA